UUUUUCCCUCAAACUCAGCCCACGCCGCCACUUCCCCACGAGCUUCUCCUUCGACCGAAUACCUCCUCACGCUCCUCACGCGCCUCCUUCCUCUCUUCCGCCUCGCUCGAUCUUCCACGCCGUUGUCCUCGUCCCCAAGUUUCCUCGUCGUAGGCUAGGUAAAAGCCCUAAAUGCUCUCGAGCAAGGUGUCACUGGCUCGACUUCGGCUUCCUCCCGCACGAGCUUAACCCGUCGCCUCCCCCGCUCGACACCGACGUCGAGUCCUCCUGCCUCUUCUCUGCUCGACGACGCUUCGUCCCACUCGAGGCCGUGACUCCUCUUCUCUCCUCUCUGCAGGAGAAACUUGCAAUUUGCAGCCUCAUAUUCCAAAUAGCUCCUUAGAAAGAGUCAUGGGAAAAAGAUCAAAAAAGCGUGGUAGAACUCCAAAGCUCGGCAAGGCUUAUGCUCAAGAAGAUGAUGCAUAUAUGGAGAAAGAAGUGGACGAUGAAAUAGAUGCAUUUCAUAAACAGCGGGAGAUGAUUCUGCUGGAUGUUAAUAAGGAUGCAGGAGACUCUGAUGAUGAUCUGGAAGAACCGGUUUUUGAUUUGGAGGAUCAUCAAAAUGGUGACAGUUAUAAUGAUAGAGAAAAUGAUGAUGAAGAAGAUGAAGAUGAAGAUGAUGACGAGGACAGUGGAGAUUUUGAUGAUGUGAAAGAUAAAGGAUUUUCUGCAAAAAUUAUAAGGCAGGCAAAAUAUCUCAAGGAAAAGUUUGGAGGGGGAGAGGAUGAAAUGUCUGAUGAUGAUGAACAGGAUGAAGAAAGAAAAACUGUGUGGGGUAGAAAAAAGAACUUGUAUUACAGUGCGGAUAAUAUUGACUACGAACUCCAAUCAAGUGAUGAGGAUCUCCCUAUGGAGGAGGAGGCUGAAGUGCUGAAAAUUCAGAGAGAGAAGGCAAAAACACUUGAAAUGGAAGAUUUUGGUCUUGCAGAUUCUGAUAAAGAAAUGAGUGAUUUUGAUGGUGAAGAGAAACUUUUUCAGGAAUUAGGCAAAGGGGCAGUUGCUCAGAAAACUGGUGUGGAUGUUGAUGGCAUAACAAUUGAUGGCUAUGAAGAGAUAAAGAAAAAUAUCAACGCUUUGUCAAAGGUAGAGCAAAUGGAUGUUGUUUAUAGUGCUGCUCCAGAACUUGUUAGUCUGCUAUCAGAACUGAACACAGCUGUUGACCAACUUAAACAAGUGAAACCGUUUGCCUGUAAGGUUAUUAAGGAAGAAAAAGAUCAACGUAAAGGGAUGGACUAUUUGGAGCUUAAACAGGUUGUGCUCUUAAUUUAUUGCCAAACAAUAUGCUUUUAUCUUCUCCUCAAGUCAGAGGGUCAUCCUGUUCGAGAUCAUCCAGUGAUUGCUCGGCUUGUGGAGAUAAAAAAUCUUUUGGAGAAGAUGAGUCAGAUUAGUUCGAGAUUCCCCUCACAAUCUGGAGAUGUUGACAGUCAUACUUAUUCCACAAAUAAGUCUGAUGAAGAGAAUGUCUCAUUGGAACUAGAACCUGAUGUGGUAGAUAUGUCUGCUAAAGCAUCAACAGUCUCAGAGAUUACUGGAUUAUUAAAGGAUAGUUCUGUGGAUGUUGACAGCAAAACGACUACCAAAAAGCUUCAGGAUUCUCAACUAGAUCUAAAAAGCAUUCAGAUGAUGAAAAUUAGGGAAAAUCUUGAGUUGAAGUUGAAGCAGAAAGGUAUAUAUACUCACAUUCAGGGGAAGGUUGACAAUUCUCUGAAGGAUUUAACAAAGCCUAUUAACGGGAACCAUGUAAUAAAAAAAGAUUUUGAUGUUGAGGUUACCCAAGCGAAACAGCAUGGUCCAGAUAAUAGUCACCAGGGUGUAAACAAACUUGCACAAGCUGUUGUUAGUAAAGCACAGAAAUGGAAGGUUAUUUCUGGUGAUGAUGAUUUGCCAAAGAGGGAUGAUAUUGCAGAAAGGCGUAGAAAGCACGAGCUCAGAGUUCUCGCCAGGGCUGGGGUGACAUCAAUGGAUGAUGGCGACGAAGCUUAUGAUGACCCUGGUAUAAAUACUGUUGGCACUGAUCUCCAAGAAAAUGAAGAAUUAGAUUCUGAAGAUGAAUUCUAUAGAAAAGUCAAGAAACAAAGGGCUGAAAAGCUUACUGCUAAAGCAGAACUUUAUUCAAGAGCUCACGCCACGCCAACGGCGGAGCCUGAAGCUGAUGGAAAACGCCAAAUCACUCGUCAGAUAGAAAAGAAUAGAGGUCUCACUCGCAACAGGAAGAAGCUCACCAAGAAUCCACGGAAGAAAUACAAGAUCAAGCACCAGAAGGCUGUUGUUCGCAGGAAGGGGCAGGUACGAGACAUCCGAAAGCCCAGCGGUCCUUACGGCGGCGAAGCUACCGGAAUCAACACUAAUGUUAGCCGCAGCAUCAGGUUUAAAAGCUAAACCACACGCUGAUUUCAUUUUGCUUUUUAAGCCAGGCUUCAGAUUUUGUUUUUCCUUUAUUGCUGAUUUGUGCUGAACGGCUGAGCAGCUUUGUUGGUGGUGGUCGUUUGAUUUGUUUUAGAAUUUAUUAUCAUAAUGUCAAUGUAAAUCAACCGAUUUAAGUUAUUUAUUUAUUAAUCUGUUCGUUGAAAGUUUUGUUCGGAUUGCAUGAUGGUCUUGGGGCUCAUU